AUGUUUUUCAAAGAAAAAAGGUCCUCAAACUCCCAUAACACUUUCUGUCUACGAAAAACUUUCUAUUCACCACGUGAGGGUUUACGUGUUCCACUCGGCUUUAAAAAAGGAAAAACAGUUAAAUCAGGAUUAAAGACAGAUAAACAGCCAGCUAUAACACUUCCAGCUUACGAAGAAUUACCCAAGUCGUUACGUGAGGUUUUGUCAGUUUCGCCUGACUUGAAGAAAGGUAAUAGUACAUAUAAUUUGUUUUAUUUAUUUGAAAAUAAUCUCGAAAAAUUGAUUUUAGAUCAAAAACCCGCUAUGACAAUUUCUGAGUACGAAAAACUGUCCAACUCUUUACGUGAAGGUGUGCCAAUUCCUAAGGGUUUUAAAGAAAGAAAACUUUCUACUACGUUUAUUAACAACCAAAAACCUCCAGUAAUUCAACAACAAACAAAAAUUCAACCAAUUACAAAAUCAUCAAAACUUCCUCAAGCUACAAAAAAUAAAAAUAACGUCCAAGAAGAAGAAGUUUAA